GCGCAUACAAAUCUCUCUCAGGUCCUGUACUAAGCAGAACAAGCCACCUCUUCAGCUGCAGAUGUUAAAACCGAACAGACCCAGGGACAAGAGGAGCAAUCAAACACGUCUCCAGUCCUCAGUGCAGAAUCGGACCCGUCCCCCACGGACUACGUGUCUCUGGUCCAGCUGAAGAGGGUAUCGGUGGUGCUGGCGGACUGUAGAACACAGGAACAACGAGGGGAGAACAGAGGGAACAACAACGAUGCAGUUCUCAAGAGCAGUAAGAAUUCACAGGAAGGACAGGAGAAGAAGGAGAUGAAAAGCAAAGAUGGAGAACAGUCUGAGAUUGGAAGAGAUGCAUCUCCCUCUCCAUCCAGCGCAUGCACUGAGUCGAGGAAAUCAAAACGCUACUCCUGCUCUGAGUGUGGCAAGGCCUUCCGCCUCAGGUGUAAGCUGAAACAACACCAGUCCAUUCACACAGGAGAGAGGCCGUACCACUGCACUCAGUGUGGCAAGACUUUUAGUCAGGGGGCAAAUUUGAAACAACAUCAGCGAAUUCACACAGGAGAGAGGCCGUACCACUGCACUCAGUGCGACAAGACUUUUAGCUGCGGGGAACAUUUGAAACUACACCAGCGCAUUCACACAGGAGAGAGGCCGUACCACUGCACUCAGUGUGGCAAGACUUUUAGUCAGGGGGCAAAUUUGAAACAACAUCAGCGAAUUCACACAGGAGAGAGGCCGUACCACUGCACUCAGUGCGACAAGACUUUUAGCUGCGGGGAACAUUUGAAACUACACCAGCGCAUUCACACAGGAGAGAGGCCGUACCACUGCACUCAGUGUGGCAAGACUUUUACUUAUGUGGGAAAUUUGAAACGACACCAGCUAAUUCACACAGGAGAGAGGCCGUACCACUGCACUCAGUGUGGCAAGACAUUUAAUCUGGGGGCAAAUUUGAAACAACAUCAGCGCAUUCACACAGGAGAGAGGCCGUACCAAUGCACUCAGUGUGACAAGACUUUUACUUAUGUGGGAAAUUUGAAACAACAUCAGCGCAUUCACACAGGAGAGAGGCCGUACCAAUGCAUUCAGUGUGACAAGAGUUUUAGUCAGGGGGCAAAUUUGAAACAACAUCAGCGUAUUCACACAGGAGAGAGGCCAUACCACUGCACUCAGUGUUGCAAAAGCUUCACUCAAAAGGUCUCUCUCAAAAACCAUCAGCGCAUUCACACAGGAGGUAUUGGCAAAGGAAAGAACGCCAGCUCAGUCACACAGAAGAAGGGCCGACACACCCUCCAUUCCACCGGGGGCAGUACUGAGUAGGAGAUGGGCCGCCACACCCUCCAUUCCACCGGGGGCAGUACUGAGUAGGAGAUGGGCCGCCACACCCUCCAUUCCACCGGGGGCAGUACUGAGUAGGAGAUGGG